UUUGUCCACCUCAAACCGAUUUGCAAACCCCAGUGUUGACCGAGUGGAAGAUCUCAAGAGUUGAUCGGCCUCCUCCCGUCCCCCUACCCCCCAUCAACCAAAUACGACAACCCAACCCCCGAUUCAACACCGAUGUUCCAGCUCCUGAAGUUCUCACGGGUAAAACACCCUAUGAAUUCCAGUCACUCAACAGAACACAUUGAAAGUUCACCGAGUACCUGAUCCAGGCCCACCUGGAACAUAUUGCCCUGUCUUACGGCAUCCCACGAAAGUUUAUAUCAUACAUAGUUUCAAGCGAACCGGAUCUUCUUGGUCACUUCUAGCGUGCCAGCUCGGAUAGUGGUGGACAGCGGUAGACAGCAAUUUCCCUUUAUACCUACCUCGUUUCAGAGGAGAGGGUGGGCUAUAGGAUCAUGCAAGAAUAUUCAAACUUCAUCCCAACUACGGUCUACAUCAAACACGAGAUAAUGCAGCCACAAAAUCCCCAAACCCCUAUCAAAACACCGAUUCCUAUAAACCCCUCGGCACCAAGACGCAUGCGGAUACGCAACUCCGAGUUCCCCGAGUCUCCCACCCCAGAUACUUCUCAUCCCGGUAUCCCUCCCAGGCAAAGAAGCAAUGGAACCGGUACCCAGAGUCUUCGCUCCCCCUCUCCUUUGGUCUGGGAUCAGUCAACCUGCAAGACAACCCUCACCCCACCAUCGACUUCUAACUCUACUUCGAUGCCGAUCACUCCCAAGUACUACCCUGGCUCCCCCCCCCAACUUCUUCCCCCUAGCGGUAUACCUACGAUUUCCGAGGUUAGGCAUCCACCUCAGUGCACUCCUAACUUCGAAGAGGCAUGCAAAACUAUCCAAGCUCUCGAUCGCUUGCUUGAGGAGGUGCGCCUUUUGAAGGCAGAUACCUUUUUCGGCAACCUCUAUUGGAGUGAAUUGAAUAUCUUUUAUAGGGAUUUCAAGAGAUUUUUGAACCGCGAAAGUGAUCGCUUCUUCACCUUCGUGGGCGGAGCUUCAGUGGCUACUGAUGCAGAUUAUGAGGGGCUCGAUACUGUUGCUCAAAGUAUCUUUGAUGAAUGGAAUGUUAUGAAGGAAGCUAUUCUGAGAAAUGACCCAGGAGAGGGCCUCGAUGACGCAAUAGUUAUUGACUAG